CUUAUUGAACAUGGUGAUUGUUUUAAUAAACAAUACGUGUGCAAGAUACUCAUUGCUGUUAUUUCAUGUAUUUUAAUGCUGUGACAGAGGUUACGUUAUAAAGGUAUCAAAAAUGUCAAACUUUGGAAAGCAUGGUAUGUUGUAUAGCAAUAAUACUCACGAAAAAGAGAAAUGUUGCAAACACGGAAUGAUGAGGACUAUUAAUUAUACGUGUACUAAAUGGCCAGUACAACAACGAAUCAAGGAAUUAAGUUCAUAUACAGGAGGCAAGACAAGAGAAAAUUAUUCUUGCAACAAUUCAAAAGUAAUUUUAACGCGUAGUCGAAGUACAACAAUGUUUGAAUCAAUGAUUUUCGAAAAAAAAUCUGUCGGUACACAGACAGAGGAAAUUCUAUGCUCAUCUACGCCAAAGGAAGAAUUUUGCAACAAUAUUAAUCUGGAUGAAAAUAUGAGCUAUGGAGAGCUUUUUAAAAUCAUAGCGGAAAAAAUAGAACAAAACAGACAGCUAUUGUUUAGAUUGAACAAUCUUUGUUGGAAAUUGAGAAUCCAGUAAAAUCAUUCACUAUAUUCUUUUCAUUGAAUUAUCUUAUUAUGAAUGUUUGUCAAUGAGAUUACUUUAAUUUUUGUCAAUUUUACAUUUUUUUUUUUUUUUUGUUAAUUACAUUACAUCUUUCACUUUUUUUAUUUAAUAA